AUGCUCGUUUGUAAAGCUAUCGAAACAAUACAGCACACCAAUUAGUUUUAAAUUUAAAUGGAAAUGGCGGGCUCAAGCAACCAACUAUCUAUUGUCCAAGGUAUGAAGCCAGGACAAAUCGUCCUUCCAAGUGAAUUUAUGACUAAUUGA